AUGGACAGCAGUAAGAAGACAGAACCCCCUUUAUCUGUAGAAAUGGUACAACAAAGGGCCAAUCCUGAUCGUAGUCCUUCAGCAUCGAUUUAUGUUCCAGAGCAAGGUGGCUACAAAGAGAAAUUUGUAAAUGCCGUGGAAGAUAAGUAUAAAUGUGAAAAAUGUCACCUCAUCUUAUGCAAUCCUAAACAAACUGAAUGUGGACACAGAUUCUGUGAGACCUGCAUGAAUGCCUUGCUAAGUUCUUCUAGUCCAAAAUGUACAGCAUGUCAAGAAAGCAUAGUAAAAGAUAAGGUAUUUAAAGAUAAUUGUUGCAGGAGAGAACUACUUGCCCUUCAAAUAUACUGCAGAAAUGAAAACAAGGGCUGUAAAGAACAGCUAUCUUUGGGUCAAUUACUGAUGCAUUUGAAAACUGAUUGUCAGUUUGAAGAACUCUCAUGUCCUCGUGCUGAUUGCAAAGAAAAAAUACUGAGAAAAGAUUUGCCAGACCAUGUAGAGAAGACUUGUAAAUACCGGGAGACAGCCUGUAAAUACUGUAAAAGCCAAGUCCCAAUGAUUAUGUUGCAGAAACAUGAAGAUACAGACUGCCCAUGUGUCAUGGUUUCAUGUCCUCAUAAAUGUAGUGUUAAAACACUCAUGAGGAGCGAGUUGAAUGCACAUUUGUCAGAAUGUAUUAAUGCCCCAAGUACCUGUAGUUUUAAGCGUUAUGGCUGCACUUUUCAGGGAACAAACCAACAAAUUAAAGCACAUGAAGCCAGCUCAGCAGUGCAGCAUGUUAACUUAUUGAAAGAGUGGAGCAAUGCUCUAGAAAAUAAGGUGGCCUUGCUCCAGAAUGAAAGUUUGGAAAAGAACAAGAGUAUACAAACUUUACAUAAUCAGAUUUGUAGCUUUGAAAUAGAAAUUGAAAGACAGAAGGAAAUGCUGCGGAAUAAUGAAUCUAAAAUACUUCAUUUACAGCGAGUGAUAGACAGUCAAGCAGAGAAACUGAAAGAACUGGACAAAGAAAUCCGUCCCUUCCGACAGAACUGGGAGGAGGCUGACAGCAUGAAGAGCAGUGUAGAAUCCCUCCAGAACAGAGUGACUGAGCUGGAAAGUGUUGAUAAAACUGCAGGGCAAGGAGCUCGAAAUACAAGCCUGCUAGAGACACAGCUGAGCAGACAUGAUCAGAUGCUGAGCGUUCAUGAUAUUCGGCUGGCUGACAUGGACCUCCGAUUCCAAGUUUUAGAAACUGCCAGUUACAACGGAGUAUUAAUUUGGAAGAUUCGAGAUUAUAAACGUCGGAAGCAAGAGGCAGUCAUGGGGAAGACCCUGUCCUUGUACAGCCAACCCUUUUAUACUGGAUACUUUGGCUACAAGAUGUGUGCCAGAGUUUACCUUAAUGGAGAUGGCAUGGGAAAGGGGACGCACUUGUCUCUGUUUUUUGUCAUAAUGCGUGGAGAAUAUGAUGCGUUGCUUCCUUGGCCGUUUAAACAGAAAGUGACUCUGAUGCUAAUGGAUCAGGGGCCGUCUCGACGCCACUUAGGAGAUGCUUUCAAGCCAGAUCCAAACAGCAGCAGUUUCAAGAAGCCAACUGGAGAAAUGAACAUUGCAUCUGGCUGCCCCGUCUUUGUGGCUCAAACUGUUCUAGAGAAUGGAACGUAUAUUAAAGAUGAUACUAUUUUUAUUAAAGUCAUAGUGGAUACAUCGGAUCUACCAGACCCCUGACAUACAAUGGGGGAGGCGGAUUAAACAGAAGACAACUCCGUUUGGGGGUUUUAUAUCAGUUUGUCUUCAAUCAGAGGUCCUAAAGCUCACAGAACCACCUUGUGGAACAGAUGGAAGAGUUUGAAGGCAUA